UCUAUGGGUGAUGACUAACCAUCAAUCAAAAUCCAAGGCAGGGAAGGGGGGCUAAAACAGACGACUGUACUGUGCUUUUGCUUUGGAAAACAUCCUUUAUCUCUGUUAUAUAUUCUACAAAAAAAAAAAAAAAAAAAAAAAAAAACUCUUUCUGACACUGGAAGAUUUGUUUGACAUUUGUGUGCAGAGCAUAGCAUAACUUCAGUUAAGCUGUCAUGUUUUUUUUUGUUUUUUUUAGGGAAGGGGGAACAAAGCAAAUUCAGCGUGAUGCUUUGCUCAUGCUGCUUUUCAUUGUUUUUAAAUAUGACACUGUCACCGGAUCUAAUUUCCUAAAGUCUGCUCAGUUAAGUAUUACUUAAGAUGUCAGAAUGUCACAUUGCGUGCAACGUCCCAACACAACAUUUUUAUCUGGGUACCAGCUUGUAAUCCUGAUAAAGAUCAAAAUGACACGCGUUGUUAGCCACCCUGGUGACAGCACUUCUGCAGCCCAUUCAUAAAGACGGCUACUGUGGCUGUAAUUCCAUGUGCACAAUAAGUGCACAAUAAUGUCUUAUCUGAGCUGGACUGAUAAUAUCACUAACUGCCUGAUUGUAACUUAAGCUUUAAACUCACCCUCAGUCUGUUUAAAGAAGAAAAGUAAUGUUAUCUAGCAAACAACAUAUCUAACAUGUCAGGUAAAUACACACUUCCCAAUAAAGUAUGAAUGCACCAUGAAUAAUUAUCUUUUUGUUUUCAGUAAAAUAAAUAAAUAAUAAUAAUAAAAAAAAUGCCAUACAACUAAAAACGAAAUGUAAAAUUGGUGACUGAAGAGGAAGAUUUUUAGAAACUUUAUUUCCUAUCUGGUAGCUUAUCAUUCAUUUAUUAUGAACGGUGUGAACAAAUGACUCAUUAGAUCAGAUUGAUUAAGCCCAUAUACUCAUUAGCUCACUUGUAAGCAGCCAUGCAAGAACCGUCAUGCCCAUUACACCCUUCAGAUGAGCUUCUUUAAUGUCGCAGCCAGGCAAAAAUAUUUUCUUCCUCUUCUCUUUAUGAGAGUAUUUUAUUCCAGUGUAUAGGCAUAAGUAAUGUUACAUCGCAGGAGUUAUUAAGAGGUUUUGGCCGCGCAUCAGACCUUCCUUAUCCGAGGAGAGCAGCUGCAGCCAAAUAAGAAAUCCUCAUGAAAUCGUGCAGGAUAUAAAACGGAUUUAUGGUCGAUCCCCAAGUGCAAAUGUUUAAGACCUUUUGUGAUUUAGCAUGCAGAACAGGAGUGUUAAUCUUAGUAAAAAAGCAUCCAGUAUCCUCAUUGUGUGACUUUAUCUUCGUGUGAGGUUUUCAACUUAGCAUAUUCUCACUUAUCUCUUUCCCCAUUUUCGAUUUUGCAUCCAGCAUCAUUCAUCCAGCCCUGUCGCAUUUUCUCUCGUUCAGCUUGCUUCAGCAUCAUUUUUUAAGACAAGCCAUGCAUUUUUUAUCUCUUUUAAAUGCCGACUUGGUGGUGAAGAGCGGGACACCCGGCCUGACCCCGGCCUAUAACAAAGCCAACUACUAGUCACUGUCUGGGAACCUUUUAUCCCAUUCUUUUAAUUGGCCUUUCUGACCGGCCAGGUUUUGUUGUGGGUCCUUUGACUGGCCACAAGGCCAAAUAUGGCCCCGAAGUCCCUCAAUAUGGGCGAGAUUAAUUUUUCAGCUCUGGCCAUCUGCGGGGCUAAAAGUCAGUCAGCUAAAAGUCAUAAAUCUACUGUCCGUGCGUUUUCAAUCGGUGAUGUGUGGGGGUGGAUAGAUAGAUAGAUAGAUAGAUAGAUAGAUAGAUAGAUAGAUAGAUAGAUAGAUAGAUAGAUAGAUAGAUAGAUAGAUAGAUAGAUAGAUAGAUAGAUACUGCUACUAACGAUGUAUGGAUUUUUAAGAUUAUUUUCAGUGUCUACAAGCGUCUUAAUCGGAGCCAUUUUCUCAGCCAGCAAAUCUUCAUUAGUCCUAUAAUGAACAUUUUUUUCCUCCAAAUUAUCCCAUUACGUCGGACAUAAACAACCCGAAGUGUUGCCUCUCAUUGGCUGGCCGUAGGGUCACGUGGCCCACGCGGCCGUCCGUCUAUUUGACAGCCGCAGGAUGGCUUGAUGCCAGAGGGGGAAAAAGAGACAGAGAGAGGGGAGAGAAAGAAAAAUUAGUAUUCUCCUACCAGCCUUGCUAUAAAUCAAUCAUGGAGUCCUACGUGGUGAGCUGUAAAUAUGCUGAGCCGCAGUUCCCGCCUUGUGAAGAAGAUUACAGUAAUUUUAGUGACCAAGGGGGGUAUUACAACAACCCCCAGGACAGUGGUAGUUACGGAGGGGGCUACCAGGCCAUGCAACCCCCUCCACCUCCAUACACACCACAACAAACCGGCUAUCAACACUCUUUGCAGGGGCAUCACCGGGAGGAUGGAGAGGAACACCCGCAGCACCAAGGCGGUACCUAUCCGAUCUACAGAGACACAGUCGCACCCGGUAAGGACAAGUUCCCGAUGGGUGACCUGCAGUGCCAGGCCUGGAUGACCUGUGCAAAGCCCGCUCAGGUGCAGAGGAAAACGGCCUGCCAGGGCAAAGACAAGCCGCCUAUUGUUGUCUACCCGUGGAUGAAGAAAGUGCACGUCGCUCAAGUUAAUCCAAAUCACGUGGGUCCGGAGCCAAAGCGGUUGCGCACGGCCUACACGCGACAGCAGGUCCUGGAGCUGGAGAAGGAGUUCCACUUCAGCCGCUACCUGACGCGCCGGCGCCGCGUCGAGGUGGCUCACACCCUCUGCCUGUCCGAGCGGCAGGUGAAGGUGUGGUUCCAGAACCGGCGCAUGCGCUGGAAGAAAGACAACAAGCUGCCAAACACCAAAGGAAGGAGCAAAAACAAGAAAGUAACGGACAACAACAACAACAGCUCCAGUAGCAGCAGCAGCAACGAUAACGUGAAGACGGCGAUAACGGUUUGAAAACAGAAUAUACAGGAGCAGAGAUUGGCAGCCAUGUGAGCACCUUCACUCUCCGAAACGGAUCCAGGGGCGACUGCAGCCCUGAAACUAUUCUGCUUUAAUCUAAACUAAACACCCGCAAACAGCUUUAUCAAUUCGUCAAUGUAUUUUGCUUCAUAUUUACUUCAAAGCUUUUAAAUAAUUCUUCAUAUAGUCUAGAGGUUGCAUCCGAUUUCAGUCUGAUAUUUAAUUCAUUAAUGAAUGUUUUUUGUUUUUGUUUUUUUGUCGAAGAGUGGUCUGACAUAUAGCCUAUUUUUUGGUGCAAUUGGGGAUUUUUUUCAUAUUUAGACAUCCAACAUGAAAGGCGUAAAAGCAUGGCGCCUAAUUUGUAGUGCCAAACUCUCCCAAAUGAGCAAGGAGAGAGUGUGUCUUUUGAAGAAAACAGGGUUUUUAUUUUUACAGGGUAAACAUAAUGCAGGGUUUUAUAAUAGCUAAAAAAAGAAAUAGUCUAAUUUAUGAAUAUGCACAUGACCAAAAUGUUUCACAAACGGGCGCUUAAAGGGCAAAUACAACAAAAAGACUUGCAGAAUAGUUGGGCAAAUAAUGUUUUAGCUUUUGUACAUAGGGGGCAUUCAUGAACAAUACACACUUGUUAGGAGAGUAGCCAUAUUGUGCACAUUUUUCUUUAAUCGAAAGUCGAUUCUCAUGCUUUUAUAGGUACGAAAAAAAUAUCAACCAAAUUGGAGUUGCAGGUUUUAAAUGCAAUGCACAACAUUGACUGUAAAUCCAGCUUGUUUUCUCAGGGUUACAGGGUUUUAUGAGAAGAACUUUCUGAGACGUUUGUUGUUUGGCUCAGCACCGAGAGGAUUAAACUAGCCUUCCAUAAUGAUGCAUAGAAAUAUCUUCUCUCUUUGAGUCCAGUUCAAUAUGCUAUUGAUAUCUACUAUAGCCUUCGCCAGUACUUAUGUUUUAUUUGUAUUAUUUAGAGGCAUAUUCUAUUCUUUGUAGCAAGUAUCAUCUUUGUUCUUUUGUAUGUGUCCGUUUUUGAAGAGAGAAACUCUUCCUGUAAGAAUUUUGUAUGUGGAAAUGUUUUGAUAAAAUAGCUGAGAAUAAUUAAAAAAAAAAAAAAAAAAAGUUUCAAACGGAAAAAGUGAAUAUCUGUGUGGAUAUUUUGUGGAUGUGUUUACGCCGAGAUUAGAGAGGAAUUCUGUGGUAAAUUGAAAGAGUGGAGAAAGAGGAGUUCAACGGAAGUGACGCAAUUACUCCGAGCACGGUUUAUGAAUGAAACACAUAUUCAUAUCUUUAUUUUCGGCUGAAGGAAAGGAUUAUCCUUCACUCUCAAUAUCAAUAUGUGUUGAAAAUAAUUCACUUUAACAUUCAAUUUACACCAUCUUUAGGCCACUGUCAUAAUUUAACGGAACGUCAAACCAGACGAGGUGAGCAAAGACAAGUGCGUCAAGGAUCAGCGGAGGAGCUUUUUAAAAUGCGAGGACUUUCUCCCAUGGGUGGGUUAAAAUUGUGUCCUCUAUCCUUACGGUUUUUAAUCAUUACAGAAGCUAUGAUUCAGACGUGUUAGUCUGAAAAGUAAGCAGGAACCCUGCUGUUACAAUAUUUAUAUUUCGAGGAAUCACGACUUUUUUUUUUUUUUUUUUUUU